AUGUUUGCCCGCUGCUCUUCAUCGCUCGCACGCCCAUCGGUUCAGGGUUUUCGGCGCUUCCAGAGCACGCUGGUCGUGGCCGAACACAACAAUGAGACGCUAAACCCAAUCACGGCCAACGCGGUGACAGCGGCGAAGAAGCUGGGCGGUGAUGUGACCGUACUGGUUGCUGGCACAAAAGUUGGUCCUGUUUCGGAGGCGGCCGCUAAGCUGGACGGCGUAAAGAAGGUGUUGGUAGCGGAAGGUGAUGCGUACAAAGGUUUGCUGGCGGAAUCACUAACACCGCUCGUGUUGGCCACGCAAGAGCAGUUCAAAUUCACACAUAUCGUAGCGGGAGCGACGGCUUUCGGUAAGGCGGUCCUUCCACGUAUCGCCGCUAAGCUGGAUGUGUCCCCGGUGUCGGAUAUUAUCGGUGUACAGUCCGCCGAUACGUUCGUGCGCACGAUCUACGCCGGCAAUGCAAUCCAGACGGUUAAAUCGAAGGAUCCAGUAAAGGUCAUUACGGUGCGCGGUACUAACUUUGAACCGACUGGAGCGGCCGGCAGUGCGGCUGCAAUCGAGAAAGCUCCAGCUGGAGACUUUGCAAGCAAAACGACCGAAUUCGUCAGCCAAGAGUUGACCAAAUCCGACCGUCCUUCGCUCACUGCGGCGAAGAUCAUCGUGUCCGGUGGACGCGGUAUGAAGUCGGGUGACAACUUCAAGAUGCUGUAUGAUCUGGCGGACAAAUGGGGCGCAGCGGUUGGUGCUUCCCGUGCUGCCGUUGAUGCUGGAUACGUGCCAAACGAUUUGCAGAUUGGACAGACGGGUAAAAUUGUGGCACCGGAGCUGUACGUUGCUAUCGGGAUUUCCGGCGCCAUCCAGCAUCUGGCUGGUAUGAAGGACUCGAAAACGAUCGUCGCCAUCAACAAGGAUCCAGAGGCACCGAUCUUCCAGGUCGCUGACUACGGGUUGGUAGCCGACCUGUUCAAGGUGGUACCGGAGAUCAACGAAAAGUGCUAA